CUUAAUAGAUUCUCGAAGCGCAACAAAACAAGCAUCAUAAGAAUGGGUGUGACCGUCCGCUAUGCCACCGAGGCCGACGCCCCGGCGCUAGGCAACAUAAACGUCGCCGCGUUCUGCCACCAAGGGUUCAGCAUAAACGCCUUCCCAGGCCAGGAGCCCGCCGCUAUCCUUCCCCUCAAGAUCGCCCGAAGUCUAGACAAACUGGCCGAUCCGACCGUGCAAGUCCUGGUCGCCGUGGAUGACGACACGCCCGACAAGCGCGUGGUGGGCUACUCACGCUGGACGAUUCCCGACGAACCGAGCCCCGUAACACUGAGUGCCGAGGGGCAGAAGACAAUCGCGCGGCUCACACGCGGCGAAAUGUAUCCCGAGGGAACGAAACUCGAGAUGAUCCAGGAAUUCCUUGUCAUGAUCAAGGAGAAACGGGCGAAGUACUUGCGGGUGUCGGAAAUUACACUCGACUUCCUAGGCACCCUCCCCGAGUAUCAGGGCCGCGGGGUGGGGUCGACUCUACUGCGCUGGGGAAUAGAACAGGCAGUUAAGCGCCAGGUGGGAGUAUUCCUUGAGGCUACCAUGGACGGGUAUUCGCUGUACCGCAAGUUCGGAUGGCAGGAUAUGGAGGAAGUGAAUAUCGAGUUUAGUAGGUGGGGAGGCGAGGGGACCCAGAAGUUUGUGAUGAUGCGGUUGGACGCACCUUUGCUGAACUAAAUAAGGUAGUGUUCCCAAAUUUCUCGCAGUGUAACUGUAUGUGUACCGCAGAAUGCCGGAGGUGAACUAAAC